AAAAAAAGUUCUCAGGAAGUAGGUUGCUAUAGAUCGAAACUCCUCCCGAACUUUGACAGAAAGAGUUCACAACUCGUCUUAAAUUUGCCUGACAACUUUUUUUUUUCAGAGCGUGAAAUAAUGCAGAGCAAUGCUUACGGUGCCUCUCUGGCCGGCGGGGCCUUUGAUUUCGAGAGCUUUGUGAAGAAACCACAGACUAUUCUGCGCUUCCUAAGCUGGGUAUUUUCCAUAGUGGUUUUUGCAAGCAUUACAGCUGAAGGCUACAUUAACCCACAUACAGAGGGAGGAACCAAAUGCAUGUUCAACAGUAACGACAGUGCUUGCAGCUAUGCGGUGGGAAUUGGAAUCCUGGCCUUCUUGGGUUGUGUCAUCUUCUUGCUACUGGACGCCUAUUUCCCAAACAUCAGUAAUGCCAAAGAGAGGAAAUACAUUGUUGUUGGAGAUCUAUCCUUUUCAGGGGCUUGGACAUUCCUCUGGUUCAUCUGCUUCUGUGUCCUGACCAACCAGUGGACCAAAACCGACGUCGAGUUUGUCAAGGCUGACGCCGCCAGGGCCGUGAUCGCAUUCUCCUUUUUCUCGAUCGUUACCUGGGCUCUUUUGUCCUAUUUUGCAUUAGGAAGAUAUCGCCAAGGAGUGAGUGAGUUUAAUCAGGAUUACACAGACCCCGCCCAGGACCACUCUUCUCCGUACCCGCCUGCCCCGUCGAACUACCAGCAAGCGCCUUUCACCAACAACCAAGGGCCACAGGGGGAGUAUCGACCUCCAACUUACUGAAGGACUCACACACAUGAAUCCUAAUGGGAGGGGAUUCUUCUUAAAAAUAUAUAUAUACAUAAAUAAAUAAAAAAAUGUGCCAAUGGUUUUGUUCCAAAUUGGGAUUGUCUUCAGCACUUCCAUUUUUUUUUGCAUAUGUUUGGGCACUGAGUUUUAGUUUGCUGCAUUAUAGUUGCACAUUGUAUGGUGGAUGUGUUGUUGUGCUGUUUGACAAACAAAUGAAAUCUGGAGAGAUUUCUUUUUUCCUUUUUUUUCCAUGUUCAAAGGUGAUUUUUUUUUUUUUUACCCUUUAGGACAAAGUAAGAUGCCAAUGUUUAUCUUUAAACCAAGACACCUGCCACAGUUUCACAGCUCCUUCGGUUUCAAUUUUGUGUACAACUGAGAUGUUUUUGUGUCAAAUGAUAACAAAGUGAUUUGAAUUAUAUGUUUCUCGAGAAAUGCAUUUUGUUUUUUUUUUAAAUAGGAAAGUGAAGUUUUUCUUCAAAUGUGUUACUGUUCAGUACUUUAGUUUGGUAUUCUGAUGUUAAUGUGCAGCUGUUCCACAACCAUAAGUUGUCAGUUUAGCUUGGCAAGUGUUGUUUAAUGAAUAAGCAAAUGCACAUGAUGUAGUCACAAGUUGUUUUUUUUUUUUAUUUUA